UGUCAGUAGAAAAUAAACAACUAAGGCCCCAUGGUUAUUAAUUUUGCUGUUAGUUUAAUGACAUAGUUUAAAAUGUAUAUGAAAUGUGGUUAAUUUUAUUAUUCAUUUUUGUGAGCAGCGUAAAUGGACUACGACUAGCAGCUUACAUAUCAUCAGGUGGCCUCCAUGGAGAAAUACGUUUUGAAAAAAUAUCAGAAGACAAAAUUAAAAUUAGGACGGCAUUGCAUGCAACUCUUCAGUAUCCGGAUCAGCAAUGGCUCUGGUCGGUGACAAGAUUUCCAGUUGAUUACACAAAAAUUGAGGACCGAUGCGCUGACCAACAUCUGGGAGAGUCAUUGAUUGACUUGACGGAAUUGGUGGGUCCGCUGACGUUGCCAGGAAACGAGUCAAUGAUUGUUGAGCUUCCAAGUAUAAGUUUGACAGGUGAAAAAGGUCUCUGGAGCAAGGGAUUGGUGUUGCGAGACACUUACUCUCCUCGCACUAUUUGCACAUCGAUAAACGUCUUGGAGAGAAACGCUGAAAAAAAUGCAGAAGCUCGUUUCCAUGGUCCGGUUGCGGGUACAGUCUGGUUUAAAUGGCUAGGCGGUACUGCUGGAGAUUCAACCACAGACACUAUUAUCUAUACUGACUUACAUCACACCUCGGAACAUAAGCUCCAGGGUGUUGCUUUCACAGAACAUAAUUGGAAAAUUUAUGUCACGGAUAUUUUUGAUACGGGAAAAGAAAGAAAUGACUGCGAUAUUCUUCAGACAGUUUUUGAUCCAGAUGAUCUAGGUGUUGGGAAAGCUAUCGGAGAUAUUGAUUCUCGGUUGGGUAAAAUAAAAGUGGCUGUUGACGUUAAUAAGAAAUCAAAGUCUGCUUAUAAAGAUCAAGUGAUAUCUCUAUUACCAGCAGAUCUUCUUGGAACUCAUCGUUCACUUUAUUUAGUUAUAUUUCAUCCAACUCACAGUGAUUCAUUUCUUGCUUGUGCUAAAAUUAAGAACCAAAAAUUUAUCAUAGCAAAGAGUCUGAUAAACUCACGUGGAAUAAAAGGUGAAGUGACGUUCACUCAAGAAACUCGAUUUCAUCCAACCUGGGUUAAUGUUUCUCUCACUCCAAUAAACGAUUUAGAAACAAGACUAAGAUAUGAAACCAAAACAGCGGCAUACAAAAUUCACGAGCUGCCUUAUCAGCCUUUGGUGUUCAACGACGGAGUUAAAAGUGACUGCAAAAGUACCAAGUCUAUGUACAAUCCGUCUAAAAUUGAUGAAAAAAAUAUACCGCCAGCUGGUCUAGGUACUCAAGACCAAUAUGGGAUUGGAGAUCUGUCUGGAAAACUUGAGGGCAGGAAAGAAGGCUCACAUCACGAUGACAUUUUACCUGGAAGCGCUAAAUUAAACGGCGUGUACUGGGAUACUUUUCUACCUUUGUCUGGAGCUAAUAGUAUUUUGCACAGAUCUCUAGUGUUGUACAAAUAUAAUGAGACUGAUAAUAAAGGUAUCAUUCCUUGGGUUUGCGGUACCAUAUCACAACAUAUUUCUCAAACCGCUGGACAGAUGCCAAUGCUGACUGCUCAAGCUGUCUUUAGGUACCCAAUUGUUGGUAGAAUAAUCUUUCGACAGCCUCAAAAUGAACCGGAGAUGGACACUACUAUUAUUAUUGAAAAUUUAAUUCAUUCUGAUGGCAGCGCGCUUAAUAAUACUGCCGAUCAUAGAUGGAUGAUUCAUGACAACCCACCAGGUCGUGAUUAUUAUAAUUGGACAGCGCGAUGUUUAAGCGCUGGCAAUCCAUACAAUCCUCAUAAAAUAGAAUGGGAUUCAAAUCAUCCGGAGCGUUGCUCCACUAAUGAAAUAACUCUCUGUCGUCUUGGUGAUUUAACAAGACACGGAAUGCUGAAUAUUGCCGGUAGAAAACGUGACGGUCCUCAUUUGACUCGUAAACUUCUAACUGAUAUGUCAUUACCACUAUCGGGGCCGAAUAGUAUUUUAGGUAAAAGUUUAGUAAUUUAUGAUGACCAUGGACCAGUUGCUCGAGGGGAGAGACUCGGCUGCACGAUAAUCAGCCGAGUGUACAGAAGAAAGGCAGUAGCUAAAGAUUGGUUCGGUAAUGGAGAAGAGACAACUGUCAAAGGUAAAUUUGAGUUUAUUCAGCAGACUGAGUAUGAUGUAACAGAUGUCGAAGUGAUGGUGGAAGGGUUGAACGGUCUAACAAGCGGUUAUCACAUUCACAUGACUCCUAUUGAAAUGGAUCUAGAAUUUCCAUGCGAAGCAACGUCUCUGUAUGAGAUUUUCAAUCCAUUAAAUGUAAAUAAAUCUACAAAUGAACCGGGAGAAGGGACAGUGGAUCAAUAUGGGAUAGGUGAUUUAAGUGGUAAAUUUGGGACACUUGAUAACAGAAGGAAGUACUCGGGUGCUUUCAACGAUACAAUGCUUCCGCUAUUUGGGUAUGAGGGAAUCAUAGGAAGAAGUUUGGUGAUUCAUAAAAAAGAUAGAGACGUCAGGUGGACUUGCUCGACGAUUGAGAGAGGAUACGCUCCGUCAGAAGCUCGGGAGCUGAGAGCUAUCGCGUCAUUCCAUCAUCCUCAGGGUUACGCUUACGGAUACAUUAGAAUGACACAGCUGGUAUACAAAGAUCACAGCCAGAGUGAGACAAUAAUUGAAGUAAAACUCCGACAUCCGGGGGAACGCGAUCGGAAUAUUACACGAAAUCACAACUGGGCGAUUUACGUCAAUCCCGUUGGAGUGGAUGCCACCGUUAAAACCAAGGACACGCGAUGCGUCGCUGGUGGAUACGUUUGGAAUCCUUAUUUUACCCAAUUAGCUGAUCCACUUAAUGAAGAACUUUACAGACAAGAAUGUGGACCCGAUCAACCAUUCCGCUGUCAUGUUGGUGACCUUUCAGCUCGUCUUGGGCCCAUCAACAUCGGACUAGAACGCAAAGUUUUUGUAGACGGUAACUUUCCUCUAGAAGGAACAGUUUCCGCUCUAGGGAAAUCAAUCGUCAUCUUGGAUCAAGAUUUUGGGUCACAGAGAUUUGCUUGUGCUAAUAUCGAACCUGAUAACGAUAUUGUUAAGUACGCAAACAUUCGACGACCACCACGAUUCGUUGUCGCUCAAUUUUUAGAGGAUGUAAGAAAGGUAAUGGGAAUUCCCGAAUGGAUGCUGUCUAUUGACAGCAGAAAAACUAAAAUACUUCACAAUGGAGCUUGUAUACAAUUUUUAUUACACUUUCGCGGACCAAUAGCCAAUCGUUUAGAAAUAGAUUUCAGUAAAUUAAUAUCAACGGGUAAAUUAAAUGAGCCUAGUUUGUCAAUACCUGGUUAUGUACAUACGAAGCGAAAAAAAACAUUAGGUCACCGUCAAUGUGGGACACGCGAUCCCAAUGAGAAAAGUUACAGUACGAAAUUUUAUACAAGUAAAACAAUUAUAAUUUUGCCAUCAUACUUAUUAAUUAUUUGCACUCUAAUUUAUCAGGUAAUUUAGUUACAUAU